AUGCUUGUGGCGCGGAGCGGCGAAGUGAAGGCGGCCUAUGAGACCUCCAAAGUAAUGGGCCGCGGCUCCUUCGGAAUCAUCUACCAUGGAGAGGAGCUACAGUCCAAAAAGCGGGUGGCGAUGAAGGUUGUGCCCUGCAGGCGCAAAAAUGCGGUGCAGGAGGCUGAAACUGAAGCCAGACUGCUCAUGUCUUGGAAUCAUCCACACGUGCUGCGUUGCCAUGAGUACUUUUUCGAAGGACCAGAAGGCGAUGCCAAUCGCAAGCUGUGGCUGGUGCUUGACCUGAUGGAUGGUGGUGAUUUGAAUCGGCUUUAUGAACAGCGGCGCCAGGCGCUGCAAGGUCCUUGGGAGGCGUCCUUUGUGCGCUAUGUCAUUUCCUCCAUUGGCAGUGCUCUGGAUUUCGUCCACAGCAAAGGGGUGUUGCACCGCGAUGUGAAGUGCGCCAAUGUUUUGCUUUCAAGCAACUUCGAGCGGAUUUGUUUGGCGGACUUUGGGCUGGCUUGUCCGAUGGAUGCUCUUGAAGAUGCUCCACAGGUGGCCCUUGGUACUCCCAGCUAUCUUCCCCCUGAGAUCAUUUGUGGACGACCGCACAGUCCUGCGGCAGAUGCUUGGUGUUUGGGAGUAGUCUCCUUCAAGUUGGCGGCCUUGAGAAAGCCCUUCGAGGCUCGUGAUGACCUGACCCUCACGAUGAAGAUCGUCAAGGAUGCUCCCAAUGAGCUGCCCAAGGAUACGCCUGCAGAUGUUGCCUGCGCUGUACUGGGGCUUCUCAACAAGGACCAGCAAAAGCGACUGCGCCCAGCGGAGGCGUAUGAGAUGACCCAUGUCUCAUCCAUUGCCAGGAAAUCUUUUGUGCGAUCCAUGGCCACACCACUGGACAUCCGAUUGGGUCUCACCAAGCCACAGGAUGUGGCCCACAAACUCCGUUGGGGCAUUAUUGGAUGUGGGCCAAUCUCUGCAGACUGGUGCAAGAGUUUGAAGGAUGUGCCUGGUGCGGAGCUGAAGAGUUGUGCUGCCAGAGAUGUGCAGAAAGCAAAGCAGUUUGCAGGAGAGCAUGGCAUUUCCAAAGCUGCUGCUAGCUACAAAGAGCUGGUGGAAGAUCCGGAGGUUGACAUUGUAUACAUUGGCACCAUCACGCCCCUUCACAAGGAGCAGACGCUGAUGGCCAUCGCUGCUGGAAAGCAUGUGCUCUGUGAGAAGCCGAUUGCUACAUCACUGACGGAUGCUGAGGAGAUGUACGCAGCAGCAGAGGCAAAAGGAGUUGCACUUAUUGAGGGCCUGUGGACGCGCUACUUUCCUGCCGUGGAGCAUGCACGCGCUGCUGUUGAACUAGGUGUCAUUGGUGAGGUGCAGAUGGUGCAGGCGGACUUUCCGGAAAUUUGCUAUGCACUACAGUAUGCGCCGCUCUUCUUUGGUUCCACCGAAGCCACACAGGUGGCCUCUGCGGGUGGCCCAUCGGGUGCUGGUGCAGUACUGCGCUACGGGAACCAAGGAGCCGCUGUGCUGUCCUUUCCUUCCUGGCGCUGCGAAGUGCCAGAGGUCUGCGAGGUGAUUGGCACGAAAGGCCGAAUUACAUUAGACGAUUGGGGCGCUCAUCCAUCUCGUGUGACUAUUCGGCUCACAACCGAACAAUGCUGGGAUGAAGCACAAGGGCAUACAGCUACUGCACAGAAUGGUGUCAGGCCACACACUGAACAAGUCACCUACCCAGUUCCCGAACCAGCAGGCCUGCCUGCGGCGGGUUGGCAUUUCGCGGAGGCAAUCCAUCGCUGUUUGGCGGCAGGCCUGAAGGAGUGCCCGCAGUUCACAAAGGCUGAAUCGCUUCGAAUCCAGCGCCUGUUGGAUGAGAUUGAGAAGGGCAUCACUGAACCCUGUAGAUAG